AUGUCUUUUAGAUCUGUUUUGAAGCAAACAGCUUCCAUCGCCAAGAAUACCAAAGUGGUUGGUUCUAUUGUUGCCGCUACUGGUUUAAGUGCUUCCGCUAUGCUAUACGCCGAUAGUUUGUCUGCUGAAGCUUUAACUGCUGCCGAACACGGUUUACAUCCUCCACAUUUCGGCUGGAGUCAUAAUGGUAUGUUCGAUACUUUUGAUCAUGCUUCUAUUAGAAGAGGUUACCAGGUUUAUCGUGAAGUUUGUGCCUCUUGUCACUCCUUGAGCAGAGUCCAUUGGAGAACAAUGGUCGGUGUUUCUCAUACCAAUUCUGAGGUUAGAGAAUUUGCUGAAGAAUUCGAAUAUGAUGAUGAACCGGAUGAUCAAGGUAACCCAAGAAAGAGAAAGGGUAAGUUGAGUGAUUUGAUGCCAAGCCCAUAUCCAAAUGAGCAAGCUGCUAGAGCUGGUAAUCAAGGUGCCUUACCACCCGAUUUGUCUUUGAUCGUUAAAGCUAGACAUGGUGGUGCCGAUUAUAUUUUUGCUUUAUUGACUGGUUAUCCAGAAGAACCUCCAGCUGGUGUCGUUUUGCCAGAAGGUGCCAACUACAAUCCAUACUUCCCAGGUGGUUCCAUUGCAAUGGGCAGAAUUUUGUUUGAUGACUUAGUUGAAUAUGAAGAUGGUACCCCAGCUACCACUUCCCAAAUGGCCAAGGAUGUUGUUACAUUUUUGAACUGGGCUUCUGAACCAGAACACGAUGAAAGAAAGAGAUUGGGAUUAAAGACUUUGAUUAUUUUGUCCGUUUUGUACGGUUUGAGUGUGGCUCAAAAGAGAAUUAAGUGGGCUAAUAUCAAGACUAGAAAAUUUGUUUUCAAUCCACCAAAGAAAUAA